AUGCCCGGCCUCGAGCUCUUUGGCAACUCCAACCCCUCCAACGGCUCCACCAUCGUCGAGGUGCCCGCUGCUGAGCCGGCUCCGGCUCCCUCAGUCGAGGAGGCGAAGCCUGUGGCGGUCUCCGCCGAGGUCGCGGUGUCGGUACCGCGCAGCCUCGCCGCGCCCGCGGCCUACUACAACCCCCGCCUCGACCCCAAGAACUUCCUCGAAGGCCCGCUCUCGUGGAACCCCGCCACCCGCCUCCGGCAGAUGCUCGCCCGCCCCGGCAUCGUAGUGGCUCCCGGUAUCUGCGAUGGCAUCAGCGCACGUUGCGCCCUUGAGGCUGGCUUCGACUGCCUGUACCAGAGCGGUGCGGCAACGACCGCGUCGCGGCUUGGCCAGCCCGACCUGGCUAUCGCCACGCUGAACGACUUCGUGCAGAGCGCGCAGAUGGUGUGCAGUAUCGAUCCCACCUGCCCCGUCAUCGCGGACGCCGACACCGGAUUCGGUGGGCCCGCGAUGGUUGCCCGCACUGUGACCCAGUACGCGCGCGCCGGUGUCGCGGCGCUGCACAUCGAGGACCAGGUGCAGACUAAGCGCUGCGGCCACCUUCUCGGCAAGCAGGUUGUCUCCCGUGAGGAGUUUCUCACCCGGAUUCGCGCUGCCGUCAUCGCUCGCGACUCGAUACCCGGCGGAUCCGACUUCGUCAUCAUCGGCCGCACGGACUCCGCGCAGGUCCUCGGCAUGGAGGAGGCCGUGACCCGGUUGCAGCUCGCGGCUGCGGCGGGCGCGGAUGUGUGCUUCAUCGAGGGUGUGCGCAGCGCAGAUCUGCUCACCUCGACCAUCGAGGCGCUCGCACCGAAGCCGGUGCUUGUCAACGUCAUCUCCGGUGGCCUCACGCCUUCGUUCACGACCUCGGAGGCUGAGGCGCUCGGCGCGAAGAUUAUCAUCUUCUCGCUAGUGUCUUGUGUGGCGAUGGUGCACGGUGUUCGGGCGGCGAUGCAGUCGCUGAAGAAGACCGGAACGGACUUCUCGUCGGCGCGCGGCAUGGACCCGAAGGCGUUCUUCGAAGUCAUGGGCUUGAGCAGCGUCGUGAAGCUCGACGCGCAGGCGGGCGGCAAGGCGUUCGAGGUCGUCUAGACGCGCUCACUCCUCCCCUCGCCGUGCGCAAAGCCCGCAUCCCCACAGCGGAAAACAUGGGCGCGGGCGGCUUAUUGGCCGCCGUCCGCCGCUGUAUACCAUUCGCCCGCGGGGGCUUAGAGUUCUUGGGCUUUCUCUCCUCAUUAUCGGUUCCGAA